UGGGGACGGGGCAGUGGCUGCUGCCCUCCGCGUCCCGCUGCAACGUUACACGCCGGCCUGCGGCCACAGCAGACGCUUAGUCCUGCCGGGGCAAAGGCUCGCGCUGCUGGCGGGCCAGGCGCGGGCAGCAGGCCGACGGUGAGCGCGGCGGGAGCCUCCGUACGCAGCAGGGCCGGGGAGGUUCUUCUCCGAACCAGCCACUGAGCGAGCCCCCAGCCUGACCCGCCACGGCCUGCUCCGGGGGCGCGCCGGAGCGAAGUCUCCUGCCCACCCGUUGUGUCCCGUUUAACUAAUGAACUGAAUUGCUGCUCGUCUUAUAGACAUGAAUUACUCUCAUUUCAUCACUGCAGUAAGUGCAGCAAGAAAGGCAUCUCCAAUAAGAGUUCUGACUGAAAUGAUGCAGAAGUCUCCCCCUUCACUAAUCUCCUUGGCUGGAGGAGUACCGAACCCCAACACUUUCCCAUUUAAGAUGGCCACUAUUACCACGAGAGAUGGAACAGCUGUGGAUAUUGGGGAGGAUUUGAUGAAGAGAGCCCUCCAGUACUCUCCCUCAGCAGGAAUUCCUGAGUUGUUGUCCUGGCUAAAGGAUUUACAGAAGAGUCUCCACAAUCCUCCCACUGCCAAGUACAGUCCUGAUCAGGGCCAAAUGGAGAUAUGUGUGACCACUGGCAGCCAGGAAGGGUUGUGCAAAGUGUUUGAGAUGCUUAUUAACCCUGGAGACAACAUCCUUUUGGAUGCACCCACCUAUCCUGGGACUCUAGCAGCUCUAAGACCUUUGGGUUGCAACAUAAUCAAUGUUCCCAGUGACCAACAUGGUAUUAUUCCAAAAGCCCUGAAAGAAAUUCUUUCCAGAUGGAGCCCAGAAGAUGUCAGAAAGCACAACAACAUCCCCAAAUUCCUGUACACCAUUCCAAAUGGUAGCAAUCCCACUGGAACCUCAUUGACUACUGACCGCAAAAAGGAGAUAUAUCAGCUUGCAAGACAAUAUAAUUUCCUCGUAAUAGAAGAUGAUCCUUAUUAUUUUCUUCAGUUUGGUAAACCUUGGGCUCCAACCUUCCUCUCCAUGGAUGUCGAUGGUCGAGUUAUCAGGACUGACUCUUUCUCUAAAAUUCUCUCCUCUGGGUUGAGAAUAGGCUUUUUAACAGGCCCCAAACCUCUUAUUGACCGAGUGAUUCUGCAUAUACAGGUCUCAACAAUGCACACCAGCACUUUCACGCAGCUUAUGAUUGCACAGCUUCUUCAGCAGUGGGGAGAAAAGGGUUUCCUGGAACAUGUAGACAGGGUAGUGGAGUUCUACAAGACCCAGCAAGAUGCAAUGCUUGCUGCAGCAGACAAGUGGUUAAAAGGUCUGGCAGACUGGCAUGCUCCUGCUGCUGGCAUGUUUCUAUGGAUUAAAAUUAAGGGAGUUUCUGACACACAACAACUGAUCAUGGAAAAAGCUUUGCAGAAAGAAGUGUUACUGGUUCCUGGGGGAGCAUUUAACAUUGAUGGCUCCGUUCCUAGUUCUUAUGUCAGAGCUUCUUUCUCUCUGUCUUCUCCAGCCCAAAUGGAUCAGGCUUUUCAGAGGCUGGCUGAGCUUAUAAAAGAAGCUGUAUGAAGAGAGCAAAUGAAAACCAUCCAGCGAAUUAAAAGUCUCCUUCAAAAAAUCUGCACCUUUAUUAAAAGAAGAUUUUAUAAUGACAUUUAAGGAGCAAGCAUGGAUAGAAGAUCACCAAAAGACCUCAGAAAACCUGCCUUUUGAUAGGGAGUGCAGAAAAUUAUAGUUUAAUUAGAAAUGAUCUCAUUCAACCUAUUAACUCCUUUUUAUGACAGGCAAUAUCAUAUAAAAAGACUAUUAUUCCAAAUUAUAAUGCAGCGAUAGUAUAUGCUUAUGUGCAUAAUAGCAAUAAUGUAGUUGAAAUAAGAAGAUAAUUCCAUUAUAAAUGGCUUUUCAUUUUCCUAUAACUUCCUCAAAAUUGUGCUGAAUCUUCUCACACCAGAUCUUUUCCAAAAGUGAAUUUUAAAAGAAGGUUUGAACAAAAUCUAUUCAGUCAUUUUGAAUUAUUGGCAGAGGGAAUACCUUUUCUACUUAGCAAAUAAAGGCAACUUUUGAAAUAACUCAGGGAUGAACUACAGAACUUUUGACUUGGCAUGAGACAUGAGUGACAUAUGCCAUCCUUGCUAAAUUUGGCUGGGAAAGGACUUUGAAUUAAAGUAGUUAAGUUUUAAAAAUGGUAUACUUGGUACAGUAAAUUAUCUUCUUACUUCAACUACACUAUUACUAUUGCGCACAUAACCAUAUACCAUACAUAUGCUAUUUUUAGGUGCACAUUUCAAACUGGGAAAACUGUAUUGAUCAGAAAGUGUUUCACUGGAAUUGCUCAGGACCCUCUUAACCCAACCCUUCCUAAACCCUAAAAUCACAUUGCACUAGCAAAUUAUGUUUUAAUUUUUUGCACUUCCUUUUGUCUCUCUAUGUGGAUUCUGGCUAUAAAAGUGUGAAGAUCAAAGUAUGAAACUUAACUAAUGUUUGGUCAGAGUAAAUUGACUUAGGCACUUUUGAAAACUUAAACCUGAGCAAAUGCAAUUAGACUCUGGUUACAAAUAAAAGGAAAUUAGUUUGCACUUUUUGCCAUGGGACAGUUUAAUUUGAUCUGAACCACCUGAGUAAUGUUUUUGCCAACAUAAGUGGUAGUGUAGACAUGGCUUUAGACUGUAAGCUCUUUGGGGCAGGGGCUGUGUCAAGGCUGAUUCCCCACUCUGGCACUUCAAGUGCAGAAGGUAGGGGCCUGCAAGGAUUUUAAAAUUUAUACUGGCCACUCCAGGCUUGUAUUAAACUCCCAAGGUUACAGCUUCUCUCUAACCUUGGAUGGGUAGAUACUGCCACCACCUAAGUGCAGAAAACCCUUUUGGACCCAGGAAGAAGCACUUGGGAUACCCUUAAGCCCUUUCACCCCCCCGUCCAGGGAAGAGCUGAGAAAGAAAACAAAGGAAAUCAGUUGUAGCCACCAGCUAAUUAAACAACAUGUGCACAAACCUCUUAGAACACCAAAAAUCCAAUCCUGUUCUUAAAAAAGGUAAAUUUUAUUAAAAACAAAAAGAAAGAAAAAAGAAACUAGGCGUUUGCUAGAUUUAAAAAACCUACCUACAAAAAUUAAACAUCAAGAAUAACCUCCUUGAGGUCCAGUUUAAAGGUUACAAGCAAACAAAAGCGUUUGGGCUUAGCACAGAGCAGUCCACAAGCCUUACAAAAUAAAAGAAAUAAACCUAAUCACGUCUUUCUAGACAUUUCUGAUCUACUUACAUAUCUGGGUUUAAAUAAGUAGUUCUAGACAUGAUCUGAUGAUUUUCAUAUCUGGCCUUUAGCUUCUCACAGCAUAACUGCUCCCUGUUCCCCUCUUUCCAGGAGAACAACACACACACAGACAAAGGGAAGUCUUUUCCCAAUUUUAGAAAGUUCUAGCCCUUCCAUUGGCUCUUUUUGUCAGGUGUCCACUCCUUUCCUUUUAUCUAUGGGCUUGUUAACCCUUUGUUCUGUCUGUUAUUACUUGAAACCACAGAAAUCCUACUUUUUAUACUUAAUAAAAUCACUUUCGUUUAUUAACAAGCCCAGAGUAAGUGAUUAAUAUCUGGGGGAGCAAACAGCUGUGCAUAUCUCUCUAUCGGUGAUAUAGAGGGUGAACAAUUUACGAAUUUACCCUGUAUAAGUUUUAUACAGAGUAAAACAGAUUUAUUUGGGGUUUGGAUCCCACUGGGAACUGGGUGUCUGAGUGCUGGAGAGGUAACCUGCUGAGCUGUUUUUGGUUAAAGUCUGCAGCUUUGGGGGCAUGGCCCAGACCCUGGGUCUGUGUUGCAGCAGGCUAGCCUGUCUGGGUCAACGAGACAGGGUUCUGGAGUCCCAAGCUGGCAGGGAAGAUGGGCUCAGAGGUAAUUUCAGCACGUUAGGUGACAGUCCCAAGGGGAUCUCUGUGACCAAACCCGUCACAAUGGCCCUAAAUUUGAAAUCAGUCCAGCAUUACAGCACAUGUCUAAAUGAUCAGGUCUGAUAGAAUCAUUCACUAUGUCUGACUGAGUUUUGUAUCUUGCAUGUUUUCUUUCUUCAGCAGCUAAGACUUGUGCGGUAACAUCCUCAGUGUCCUCUGGGACCAGUGAGGUAUUUAUUAUUCCAGAAGCCCUGAAAGAAAUUCUUUACAGGUGCAAAUCAGAAAGUGUUUCGUUUCUGCUCAGUUUGAAGCACAAGGGGUAAAAAUGGAGUGCUUUGACAACUGAAUAAUAACUAUGCUAAAGACUGACGGUCACGUAGCAUCUUUUAUCUAAAGAUUAGACAUUUUAAAAGCUGACUUACAGGAUGCAGAGCUAUAGAGCUCUCUCUUUGUAGCGUAUUGACAUUCUUGGUGUAUAAUGUUAAAUUUGCUAAUCUAUCAACCACUGAUAAACAAUUAUCUGGCUUAUUUUUCAGCCAAUAUCGAAUUAAAAAUCAUUGAUAUUGGCUUGCCACUCACUUUCCUUUGGAAGAUCCCUUCCAGUGACAGGCUUUUGGCGUUCUGUAGAAGUGAUCAUUGUCAUGUAGUAUCUGUUGUUUCCUCAGCUGAUGAAAGUAGACUAGUGAUGUUUUUUUGGUACCAAAUUGGCACAUUGCUAAGUUACUCUUUACUUUUUAAGCCAUUGGCACCAACAUUUCUUUCACUGGAUGUUGAUGGGCGAGUCCAUGUCUAAUACUCUCUCCUGGGUAAGGUCAGCUUAAGAAUGCUGUAUAAGGAACACUGUAGCAUGCAAAGCUGUACCUGCUGUGGGGUUCUGUAUAUUCUCCUCUCCAUUGGUGCAAGUAAAUCUUAUUAGCACUAGGUCAAUACACACUGGUGAACAGAUAUCCUGGCAAUUAGGAGACCCUGUUGUGGUGCUUUAACUCUCUGGAAACUAACUAAUUUCCAAAUGGAUGUCAGAUGGGAACUGGCUGAUUUCAAAGGUUAGGAGGUGGUUACUAUACCAGGGAGAUCUUAGGGUUUCUGGUCUCUGAGAGAUGAAACUGGGCUGGAUUCCUGAUGGAAGUUUAUUGUCUGGUCUGUUUGGGGGGCUGUGUGCUAAGCACAGCGGCCUGCUAUGCAAGGCUGAGAGCUUCCUAACAAGGCUGUAGCCUGCCAUCCUUUGAGCCCUAAUCCCUUUAGAAUCCCUUGACGAGGGGACAGGGCUAACUCAGAGAGGCGGUAGCUGGGUCGACGGAAGAAUUCCUCCAUUGACUAGAGCUGUCUCCAUUGGAGGGUAGGAUGGCUUAACUAUGUCUGUCAACGGUGUGGAUUUUUCACACCCCUGAGAGUUGUAGUUAUGCCAAUGUAACUUUUCUUUGUAUCAAUAUUCUGUGAUUCACACAGUCCCUUUAAAUCAGGGGAUCUCAAACUUUUUUGCAGUGUGGCUGGCCUUUUUAACAGAAAGGUUGUCUCUUGGCCUUCACACCAUCUACACAAUUGUUCAGCCUGUCUUCCCUCCCAUUUGCUAUUACAUCAAAUCUCUACAGCAGCUUCAUAUAUUGCUUACAUGAAAAAGUAAUAUUGCAAAGGUAUUUCAUGUAUUGCUAAUUGUCUCUUAGCAGCUGGAAGAGAGCCAGCAGCAUUAUGACUUGACUUAGACCACUGAUUUUCAGUGAAAUAAUUGAAGUGCUCUGCUGUAUUGGCCCAGAGUGUUCAGCACCUUUCAAGUUUGAGCCGCACACAACCAGCAGUUGGGCCACAUACCACCAGAAGCCCACAGACCUCAGCUUUAGAUAACUAAAGAUUUGCAGUUAGAUUACCUCACUGUCUGUCAAGAUAUUUCUUAUCAUGAAGCAAAAAGUAGUACAGGGAAAAUUUAAGGUACUAAAAUGAGAAAAUGUAUUUAUUUUAGAUAAAAAUUGGUAAAUUUAAAAUUUACUUUAAAAAUUAUACAUGAAGGAAGCUGGACAGUGUCCGCUAAGCUUAUCAGAAGGUGGUGGUUAUGUAAAGUAGCAUUUAGGGUAUCUUUGGGAGUGGUUGUCAGUGGGGCCUCAAGGAGAGGUUGCUGAGUUUGUCCUGUUAUAUUAGACAAAAAAACAGUCUAGUCAUGGGUAAUAAAAGCAAAAAUCACUUUCAUUGUUUUGAAUAUUUCAAAAGGUCCAGACUGCAUCAUUUGAAUCAAAAUAUUUUUUAAUUUGCAAUAAAGCUAGUUAAAAAUCAUUUGAUGGUGUGAUACUUUUUUAACUAUCUUUAAAUGACUGUAGUAUCCCACUUUUGCCAGCUCAGCCUUGAUGUAGCAGUAACCAGUUUCUAGAUCAUAGAGCCAUACUAUGAAGCAUUCUGAUACAAUAAGUGCCAUUUUGUUUGUUAUUAACACAGUGCUCUUUUCAAUGGUUUUUUAUUUAAUUGUUUUAUACUCUUUAACAUGUAGGGCCAAACCAGAUAAUAAAGUUUUGUUUU